AUGAGGACUCAGCCUCUGCCUUGUCCCCUUUUGGGAGCUUCCUCUGCCUUCUUCCCCUCCGGCAGGCGAGUGCAGAAUGUCCACACGGGGCUGGACCUGGCCGUGCCGCAGCACCAGGAGGUGCGGGGCAAGAUGAUGUCUGGCCACGUGGAGUACCAGAUCCUGGUGGUCACCCGGCUGGCUGCCUUCAAGUCGGCCAAGCACAGGCCCGAGGAUGUGGUCCAGUUCUUGGUCUCCAAGAAGUACAGCGAGAUCGAGGAGUUCUACCAGAAGCUGAGCGGCCGUUACCCAGCAGCCAGCCUGCCCCCGCUCCCCAGGAAGGUCCUCUUUGUCGGGGAGUCCGACAUCCGGGAAAGGAGAGCCGUGUUCCACGAGAUCCUGCGCUGUGUCUCCCAGGACGCGGAGCUGGCCGCCAGCCCAGAGCUGCUGGAAUUCUUAGGCACCAGCUCCCCGGGGGCGUCAGACCCCAGCAGCAGAGGUGUCUCUGUCCUGGACACAGGCGGCCAGGCCGGGGAUGAUGGGGAGGCUUUCGACUUCUUCCAGCAGCAGGAAGGCACGGAGCGGCCGCCCACCCCCUGCCAGGAAGAGGACGCAGGGAAGUCCUCCGAGGAGGAGGAGGCACUGGACCCUCUGGGCAUCAUGCGCUCCAAGAAGCCAAAAAAAUGCCCCAAAGUAGCUGCGAAGCCCAGACCCUCACCACGGCUCACCCUCUUUGACGAGGAGGUGGACCCUGAUGCAGGGCUCUUCAGCCCAAGCAGGAAGCUCCCUGCCGGGGGCUCCGCGGAGGACGCACGCCCCAGGGACCCCCUGAAGUUGUUUGACGAUCCUGACCUCGGUGGGGCUGUCCCCCUGGGUGACCCCUUACUGCUGCCGGCAGCACCUGCGCGUGGAGGGCCCGCGCCUCGCCUGGGCUCCGGAGAGGCCGCUGAGGAGCGGUUCCCUAGAGUUGAAGAGGACUUGGACCAGAUUCUGAACCUGGGGGCGGAGACCAAACCCCAGCCCCCGCCUAAGCCCAAACCGCCCGUGGCAGCUAAGCCAGCGCCACCCAGAAAGCCCGCUGCUCCCCCCAGCGCGGGCCCCUCCCAGAACCUGCCACUCAGGUGUGAGUUCCUCAGCUGCGGCCCGGCCUCCUCGGAGCCCUGGUGCUCGCCAGGCAUCUCUGUUGACCUGCUGGUGAGCCAGUGA